AUGAACAGCGAGGAAGAGAAGACGGUGUGUGUGACAGGAGCUUCAGGUUACAUCGCUUCAUGGAUCGUAAAGCUUCUACUUCUCCGUGGCUACACCGUGAAAGCCUCUGUUCGUGAUCCAAAUGAUCCAAGGAAAACAGAGCAUUUGCUUGCAUUAGAAGGUGCAGAGGAAAGGCUUCAAUUGUUCAAAGCAAACUUGUUAGAAGAAGGCUCUUUCGAUUCAGCCAUUGAUGGCUGCCAAGGUGUUUUCCACACCGCCUCACCAUUCUAUCACGAUGUCAAAGAUCCUCAGGCUGAGUUACUAGAUCCAGCGGUGAAAGGAACAAUCAAUGUUCUAAGCACUUGCUUGAAGACUCCCUCUGUUAAGAGAGUCGUCUUAACCUCAUCUAUAGCAGCUGUUGCUUUCAAUGGCAUGCCUCGAACACCCGAUACCAUAGUUGAUGAGUCAUGGUUCGCUGAUCCUGAAUAUUGCAGAGCUGCCAAGCUAUGGUAUGUACUGUCCAAGACAUUAGCUGAAAACGCAGCGUGGAAGUUCGCCAAAGAGAAUGAUAUGCAGUUGGUUUCGAUAAACGCAGCAAUGGUGAUUGGUCCUCUUUUACAACCAACCCUCAACACUAGUGCUGCUGCAGUACUGAGCUUGAUCAAAGGAGCACAGACGUUUCCUAAUGCGACAUUUGGGUGGGUUAACGUUAAAGAUGUAGCAAACGCUCAUAUUCAAGCGUUUGAGAAUCCGGAUGCUAAUGGAAGAUACUGUUUAGUGGAGAGAGUUGCUCAUUACUCUGAAGUUGUUAACAUUUUGCAUGAUCUUUACCCUGAUUUUCAACUCCCUGAGAAGUGUUCAGAUGAAAAGAUAUUUAUUCCAACCUACAAAGUGUCUAAAGAGAAAGCAGAGUCUCUUGGGAUUGAGUUUGUGCCAUUAGAGGUUAGCAUAAAGGAGACUGUUGAGAGUUUGCAAGACAAAGGGUUCAUCAGAUUCUGA